AUGGAAUCGGAGUCUAAGCUGUCAAAUGUUGCUGGUGAUCCAGCCGCAUCAGAUACCAAACUUUAUUCCAAGAUAUCAUCAGUCGUAUCCAAGGCCGCCUCUACUUUGGAAAAUGUCCGACGAAGGCGCAUACACUUGGACAAUAAUCUGGAGGCAAUCGGUCGCACACAAUACAGCCAAUCUGUAUUCGAAGUGCUCCAACGUUUGGGGGAAAAUGGGUGCUCACUGGAGAAAGCACGAAUUCAAGCGCGGAUUAUUGAUGCAAUAACAUCCGCUGCACAAAAAAAGGUUGUUCUAACAAGCCGUCGCAAUGUAGCUGGUUACUCCGCCCCGUCCGGCUCCUCACGCGCGAAUACAAAACGUCCGACCGUUGUGGAUCGUCAUCGGGGUGCAUCACAAAGUCCGGCGCGUCCGAGUUCCGUUCAACCGUUGAUCGAUUUUCUCGGCACGGACCUGGAAGGCGAUACGGAUGUUCGGGGCAUGCGGUCCGUGUCCCCGACUUGGCAUCAGGCUCCAUGGCGAAUCAAUCGCACUCGAGUCAAACGACCGGGAUAUCCGAGACUUGUCAACGAUCCGGUACCCGCGCGACGUGCCACUGUGCGAUUGGGAACCAAGCGGAACGAUCCAAUCACUGUCAUCCAAGGUCCCGUGGUUCGUUUGAAUGAGUCCGCAUCGAAACCCACACCACUGGUCCAUCGAUUGCCCAAAACUGUACGAUUUCGUACAAACGAACCCCAAACACCACAAUCACAAUUGCAGAACACUACGCGCUCAACGGAUGACAUGCGUUCCCUGAACCAAACAACCCGAGUCAAACUUGGGAUUAUUCCGUUGGGUAGAUCACAGUAUUCGGCACAAACAGAAUCCACCAUGGCAUCAUUGAUCUCGGACCAAAUUCGUGAACGGGAUUUGGCUAACCGGGACUUUAAGGUCAAACGAGACGCUGCAGUUGAAUUCCGGUCGUUAGAUGUCACCCCUGUACCUGUUUUACAAUCCACUAUGAAAAUUGCAGAUUCCUCUUCGUCCACGGAUCUUGAAUCGAUUGAUCAAACAGGCAAUCAGCCACGAUGGAUCGAUGGUUUACGGCCAUUGCAAAUGGCUGACACACAUGCGAUGAUUGAUGCCGCUGUGUCCAGUCACAUCGAUACACCUGUAGGUCCAUCCUCACCACAGAACCCCGAGGAGCGUUUACCUACACCCCAGACGUCACCAGACCUGACGGAACAUUCGGUCAGGCGCUCAGUAACUACACCAAUUCAUAGUCCAGACCGUUCCGUGCCGUCACAUCUAGAUGCGUGCGACAACACAUCUCCGCUGCAUCAUGACUACAGGAGCAGACAAAUGGACGCUGGAACAUGUUAUGAGUCUGAAAGUGAUUCUGAUCGCCCGAUUACAACCCCGGAAUCCUCUCCCACCGCUCAUCGUCCGACGACGAUGCGCAGCACACCUUCCAGCCCCCGAUCGAUCCACAUUGAUCAUCCGACUCGGGCACAGAUUCAGGAGUACAUCUAA